AGUAAACAUUUCACUGUUGUAUUCGGGGGAUGUGACUUAUAAAAUUAGAUUUGAUUUGAAAUGAUGAACACAGGCUCAGUUGUGGGAGGGGCCUCAGACUGUCUUCCCAGUGCAGUGGUCAGUGCUGCUUAAGUGUUUUCCCUAUAGUAUCCACAAGGUGCAGCACCUUUAUGUGCAGCAUCUCUGGGCACUUAGAAGAGAGAGUCAAGUGACUAACUCCAUCUAAAUCUCUCUCUCUCUUUUGUAAAAUGCAUUUCUGGCCUGUUCCCAUUCCAGUCCUAAGACCAGCAUUUUGCAUCUCAAUGAUUGAUUUAUCCCCCCGCCCCCUCUCUCAGCUCCUGCUUAAACUCACUCCAUUAAGAUGUGCACACUCAUCAGUUAUGAAUUCUACCCAUCUUCGUCUCUUCUCUUUGUCUUGUUUACGCCCUCACAGUCAUGCACUCUACCACAACUGAUAUCAUGAAAGUGUUGGUGGAGUGUAAAUUAAUGGAGAGCAUUGAUGCUAAAACUUGACAGAGACUUAAAGAGGAAUAGGAUGGGAAAAACCUUAGGGCACUCUGUCUACUGCCCCUCUUCCCCCAAUUUAAAGUCCCUUGAUAUUAGUUUGUUGAAUUAGAAACACAAUGUGAGGUUUCUUUGUGAAUCCAUCCAGUGUUAUGUUUGAUGUGAGUCUGCCUUUUUGUGCUAUAUGUGUCAAUGGGAGGUAGACACAGGCAGCGCCACACAGGCUAGGGCAGACUCCUUCACUCUAAGUGCUGCUGGUCAUAUUCCAGCCAUCAGCGGAUGUGGAUCAAUGCCUGGUUUACAGCUUUACAUCAUCCUUAAAAUGCCUGGGCAAACAAGGAAACGCUCAGACGGUCAAUCAGAAACUAUUAGUAAAAAACACACAUCAUCCCUCUGGACUCGCUGCCCUCCUACCCCCUCUCUCACUCAUCUUUCUCACUCACUCAAACCGGAGACUGUACUAGAGGGAGAAUUCCUGUCUUGAUGGACCUGUGGGACGGACUUACCCAAAAAGGGAGACACAGGGGGUUCAGCCCUUAACUGGGACAGAAUGUUUACUACAGAGGAUACUUCACAAAGGAGAUUUGGGAGAUGAGGAAUUAAGUAGUAUACCUUUGUUGUUUUUUUUACUCAAAACCAUGCACUGGACCUGGAUUUAGAGGGACUUUUGGAAGACAAAAUAUUAUCAACAAACUCACCUUUUUGCCUUCGCUGGAGAUCAAGGGGUUAAAUGAAUGGCAGCUGAAACAGAGUGACUGUUACGGGAUCUUUACCUUGUUCACCCAUGAAGAGCAUCGUCACUUGCAGAUUUCACCUGCUUUAACAAUGUGUGUGGGUGGGAGGAUGGGGGGAGUAAAGAGUGACCAAUAGAUUUCAGUGUUUGCAGCUAUUUUUCAGGCAUCUUCUUCAAUUCUUUGAUAGGAUGUUUUUUUAGACACACACUUACAGCAGCAAACAUUUGUAAAGUUAUGGAAUACACAUCCUAUAUGUCCAGGGCUGGCCAAUAGAAAGCAUAUAAAGGUUCUUACUCAAAUCAGUCAGCCAUGGUGCUGGAUGGCAUGGAACUGAUUGCAAUUACUGUAGUCAUUGGCCUUUUUUUUGUAAUGUUCAAGCAGUUUGGUGUCUGGGAGCCCUUGUCAUUAGAUGAUGAGAGUAGUGACUGUGAAUUGGAGCUUUCUACUGUUCGUCACCAGCCCGAAGGCUUAGAACAGCUCCAGGCCCAGACCCAGUUUACCAGGAAAGAGCUGCAGUCGCUCUACAGAGGCUUCAAAAAUGAGUGUCCUAGCGGGCUGGUGGAUGAGGAGACGUUCAAGACCAUCUAUUCACAGUUCUUCCCCCAGGGAGAUGCCACCACAUAUGCACAUUUCCUGUUCAACGCUUUUGACAUGGACAGAAAUGGCUCUAUCCGUUUUGAGGAUUUUGUGAUUGGCCUAUCUGUACUGCUCAGAGGUUCAGAAACAGAGAAGCUCCAGUGGGCCUUCAAUCUGUAUGAUAUCAACAAGGAUGGCUGCAUCACCAAGGAGGAGAUGUUGGCCAUAAUGACGUCCAUCUAUGACAUGAUGGGCAGGUAUACCUCUCCCAGUGUACGAGAUGAUGACCCAUCUGAGCAUGUGGACAAGUUCUUUCAGAAAAUGGAUCGGAACAGAGACGGGGUGGUGACCAUUGAUGAGUUCAUAGAGACCUGUCAGAAGGAUGAAGAUAUAAUGGCCUCCAUAAAGCUCUUUGAGAAUGUAAUCUAGGACUGGACAGAGAACACAGAUAUAUGUCAAGAUGACCUUUAAUUGAUUCCAAUAACAGACCCUACAAGCCCCUCCGUACCUUGCCCCUCACCGUUGGAUAAUAGAAGAUUAUUGACACACAAUAGGGAAAUGUGACUCUAAACGUUUGACUCCACUAUGUAUGGGAAAACAAUCCCUAAAAAUGGCCCUGCUGACAGUUCUACUUUCCUUUCCUUUUUUUCUCCAAUUUUUACUAACGACAUGCCACUGACUUUGAGUGAAGCCAGAGUGUUUAUGUAUGCGGACGACUAUACACGUCAGCUACUACAGCGACUGAAAUAAUUGCAACACUUAACAAAGAGCUGCAGUUAGUUUCAGAGCGGGUGGCAAGUAAUAAGUUAGCCCUAAAUAUUUCUAAAAAUAAAAGCAUUGUAUUUGGAGCAAAACACUCACUUGACCCUAAACCUCAACUAAAUCUUGUAAUAAAUAAUGUGGAAAUUUAGCUAGUUGAGAUGACUAAACUGCUUGGAGUAACCCUAGAUUGUAACCUGUCAUGGAAACAUAUUGAUACAGUAGUAGCUAAGAUGGGGAGAAGUCUGUCUAUAAUAAAGCGAUGCUCCGCCUUCUUAACAACACUAUCAACAAGGCAGGUCGUACAGGCCCUAGUUUUGUCGCAC